AUGGACCCUAACAACGAUCCAAUCAGAGUAUCACUUGUGUGCAAAAGGAAACAAGAGAAGAUUGAAGAAAGUCUUACCGACAUCCCAUUUGUUCAAAGAUGGUCUUGUCUCACUCUGCUUACCAAGUCUCCAACAGUUACUUCAUCUAGCAAAAGACUUGAAGGACACACUUGGUCCUCUGUUUCAGAGAAGUUGGAACCCACUAAAGGUAAAUUUGUUGCUCUGAUGAUGAUUGAGGAGACGACUUUUUAGGAGGAAGUGGGGUCACAGUAAAAUUGAAGGAGUCAAAUCAGAGACUCUGAUUCAGAGUAGUUUGUUAAGCAUAUUCUUUACGAAAACAUGUGUUUGGAUUUUGUUGACUUUGUUUGCUUCUUCUUGCACUAUCUCUCUUCUGCAGAUGAUGGUUGGUCUGAAACUUUUUGUUGUACUUUGACGUCUUCCUGAUAUUUCCGUGUACUUUGUUUAAAUACAAAAGAAUUUGGUGGGUA